UCUCUCUCGCUCUCGCUCUGAUAGCUUUACGAUGGCCGCGCGCUGAAAGAUUGACGGCGGCGCGUCGGAUUUUUCGCGCGAUUUUCUGCGCUAGUGAGCUUCGUCUGUCGAUUCGCCGCCAACGUCGUGCGGAGAGAGUUUUUCGUCGGUGCGUCCGCCGGCUUUUUUCUAUUGCCACCGAGUGAUCGACUGGCUGAGCCUUAUUGCUUCUCGAUUUGACGUUCGGGGGUUUAGAGCUCCAGGAGACGGGAUUUAAAGCGCGAGCGCGGAAUUCGGUAUUGUAUCGUUUGUUUUCCGACCCACGGAGCGACUACGAUUUAUCGCGUGUUUUUGGGGGAGGGAGAAACUUUGAUUAACAAAAAUUUCAGCGGUAAACCAAGCUCGAUUCGAGCCAAAAUCUUCCUCCGACUGCGUCAAAAGCGUAUCCGUCCUUCUAUAGACACCCGAAAGCACACGUAAGCCUGAUCUCGCCCGCUUUCUCCUCUCGCACACCCGCGCACCGGAUCGGAGGGAGAGAGCGUGACGACUACUAGCUCCUCUCUCACCAACACACACACAAGGACGGCGCGUGCGACAUUGCAUUCUUUCACGAGCAGCGUCGCGCGCGGUGUGAAAAACGCACGCCAGGCCGCAGAAAAGCGAGAAGGAUCGAGAGAGAGAGAGAGAGAGAGAGAGAGAGAGAGAGAGAGAGAGAGAAAAUACAAUAAAGCAGGAACGAGAGAAAGGGCGAGAGAAAACGGGGGCGCGAGGAGGCUCGGCCGGAUCGCCGGUGGGGAGGUCGUUACUCGUUCGCAGCGCGUGCGAGCGAGAGCGAGAGAGAGAGAGAGAGAGAGAGAGAGAGAGAGAGAGAGAGAGAAGGCGGCGGUGGCGGUGACGUGGGGGGCAUCGCGCAACGCAUGUGCACAGGGCGCCGCGCGUCGCGGCGCUUCGGCGGAGGCUGCGAGAAUUCGCGGAUCACCCAGUCUCGUUGCACAUCUCCUCGGGAAGAUACGCUCGCGCGCGCGCGCACUCUUCCUCUCGUUCUCUCCUCCGAAGUGUGCCGAAUGAGAAAGUUCGUCGUCGUGCUAGGUUCUUUUCUUUUAACCUCGUGCGCGGUCAUGUCCAUCCCCUCGUGUGCUUAGUGUGUUGUCGGAAAAUAGACGAAAAGAGCACCGCCAGAGAUCGCAGACGAGUGUCGAAUGCCAAGACACGUGCUGCCGCGCGAGAGGCAGAGAUAGCGCAGCAGAAAAACAGAGGCCGCUGAGAGAAAGAGAAGAGGCAUAUUCUCGGGAGAGAGAUAUGCGAGAGCAUGCGUUCCUGGGCAGCUGCCGAUGACGGGGAGAAGAAGAGCCUACCAGCGUCUAGGGCCUAGAGAGCCGCGAGCUUAUUUUUUUAGAUAUUUUUGUGCCGCGCAAGGCCGUCGACUGAGAGAGAAAGCUGCGAGUUCGCGAGUGUGAAACGAUUAUACAGUGUGCUCCGAAGAUCGAGGAUGACAAUGCCCGGAUACAGCUAGAUUGUGCAUCCGUACAGAAUCAGCUGGUCGGUGUCCGGCGCUGCAGCUAGAGACGGACCGUCCGUGCUCGAACGAAAUCAGAGGGGGUGAUGUUGAAUGGAGCUUGCAAGCACAGUGCGGUGAUAAAAGCAGAAGCAGCAGCAGCAGCAGCAGCAGCGGGCUCGCCGAGGUUGGCAGAUGCCGAGGCAAGGAGCUGCAGCCCGGAGGAGCCGCAGACGGUGACGCCGAGUAGGUCGUCGCCGCGACGAGACGACGGAGGCGGUGGUCGUGAGAGUAGCCGUGGGAGUGCUUGCAAAAGGACAGUCGGGAGGAGAAGCGGGCGGAAGCAGCCGCCGCCAGCACGACGGGGCCCGGCUUGGGGCCGGAGAAAGGGCCCCCGCCGUUGCUGCAGCGGGAAAUCGAGGAGGCCACGAGCCGCAGCUGCAGCGUAGCAGCGGCCCUGAGAGCAGCCAUCAUCGCGGCCUCCUGGGGCAAGUGCCGUGGCAGACGAGGUGGUUGUGGUGCCUCACGCAAACGGAGGCGGCGAAAAAAGAGACGGCGCAGGAGGUGCGGCGUAGCGUCGUCAGCGAGCUGGACAGAGGCAGCAGCAGCAGCAGCAGCGGCCCAUCGACAGAACGCCUGCAGCGGAGCAGCGAUUUUAACUCACGCUGAACGAGCUCGACAACUCCUCGACAACAACAACCCCAUCGCAUCAGCAGCAGCAGCAGCAGCAGCAGCAGCACCUCGAGAACUCUGACCUAGAGCCAGCGAGAGAUCCACGAACGACGUCCCUCCUGCGUGAGCUCCCGACGUUGUUUUGCAAAAUAUAUAAAUACAAGUACACACGAACCACUACACACACACAAACAACACACACUUGUACAUGAGAAAUCCCCCAUUCGUGCAUACACUUGUACGCAUCGCAUAGUCCGAGUUAUCUAGUGUGCUCCAGUUUUUUGUUGUUGUUACGUAUAGUGCGGUGAGAGAGUAAGCGGGAAGAUUAAUAAGAAGAGCCCAGUGUGAUAUAAAUCAAAUGAUCAUUGUCAGGUGAUCCGCAGCAACGCAGUGUGAUAGGUAUAUAUAUAUAAAAGUAUAUAUAUAAAAAAAAGAUAUAAAUAUAAAGUAUAUGUAUACAGAAUAAUGUACGGUGUGUCGUGUCCAUGAGAGAGAGAAAAUUGUCCGAGUGGUGAUAUAUAUACACAUACGUACCGAGUGUCGUCGCGCGAGUUAAAAAAAAAAGAGUGCAUCGAGCGAGUUUUAGUCAUCAGACGCAAGCCGAGAGAAAAAGAGUACAAAGGAAACGCAACAAAAAAAAAACAAAUACGUAAGAGUUACUAGAGUAAAAAAUUGUACAGAAGAGUAAGGCGCGCGAGGAAGAGAAGGAGAGGAGAAUUUUCUUCGUGACCAGCAGCAACGAUAAGGCCCAAAGCUGUUAGACGAGGAGUGCGCGAGUGACUGGCCGCAGCAGCCACACACACAUAGCCAUAGCAUGAGUUCGUACUUCGCGAAUUCGUACAUCCCGGAUCUGCGCAAUGGCGGGGUGGAGCAUCCGCAUCAGCACCAGCAGCACUACGGCGCGGCGGUCCAGGUGCCCCAGCAGCAGCAGGCCGUGCAGCAGCAGCCCCAGCAGGCGAGCGACCCCUGCGACCCGUCGAUGCUGCGCCAAGGCGUGCCGGGCCACCACGGCUACGGGGCCGCGACGGGCCAGCAGCCGGGCAUGCCCUACCCCCGCUUCCCGCCCUACGACCGCAUGGACAUCAGGAACGCGGCCUACUACCAGCAGCAGCAGCAGGAGCACGGCAUGGACAUGGCCAGCUACCGGGCGAGCUCGCCGAGCGCGGGCAUGGCCGGCCUCCACAUGGGCCACACGCCGACCCCGGUCAACGGCCACCCCGCCAGCACGCCCAUCGUCUACGCGAGCUGCAAGCUCCAAGCGGCGGCGGUCGACCACCAGGGCAGCGUCCUCGACGGGCCCGAUAGUCCGCCGCUCGUCGACGCCCAGAUGCACCACCAGAUGCACCCCCAGCACACGCACAUGCAGGCCCAGCAGUCGCACCCCCAGCAGCAGCCCCAGCCUCAAGCGCCUCACCAGCAGGCCCACAUGCAACCCCAGCAGACGCAGCAGCAGCACAUGAUGUACCAGCAGCAGACGCAGCCCCAGCAGCCCCAGCCCGCGGCGAUGCACCCCCAGCAGCAGGCCCAGCAGCAGCAGCACCAGGGCGUCGUCGCCUCGCCGCUCGGCCAGCAGCAGCCCGGCACGCCCCAGAGCGCCGCGCCGACGAACCUGCCCAGUCCCCUCUACCCCUGGAUGAGGAGUCAGUUUGAGAGGAAGCGUGGCCGGCAGACGUACACGCGAUACCAGACCCUCGAGCUCGAGAAGGAGUUCCACUUCAACCGCUACCUGACCAGGCGACGCAGGAUCGAGAUCGCGCAUGCGCUCUGCCUGACCGAGCGCCAGAUCAAGAUCUGGUUCCAGAACAGGCGCAUGAAGUGGAAAAAGGAGACCAAGACGAAGGGCGAGCCGAACUCGGGAGACGGUGACACCGACAUCUCGCCCCAGACCUCGCCCCAGGGUUGAGCGCCGCAGACGACGACGACGAGGACGACGGCACCGCGCGCGCAACGUAUACGUGAGAAAAACGCAAGAAAAAGAGAGAACUCGAGGUAUCUCGUCGCUAUAAGCAGAGAACACACCGGCCGUUGCUGAUGCCUCCUUUUACUACCUCCUGAUUAUCCAACCAUGUACCCUUCCCCCUCCCCCCCUCCCGAGAAAAAGAUAUUUAAUUCCUUCAACGCGAUUAUUACUAUUAUACAUGAUCCUCGUCCCCAAAACACACAGUUAUUGAAUACAAACACACACACACAAACGUAAACCGCAAUGACGCUUAUCUUGUCGUGUUAUUAAACAGAAUAAAACAAGCUGCUCUUACCAAAUACGCGAACGAAGAGAUGAGACGGACACGGAGAGAAUAAUAGAAUUUAUAUUAGUUUCGGAGACCCAAGGCUUUUUUCUACGCGACGCGGACGCACGCGCGUACUACUAUAAUAUUAUAUACAUACGCAGUGUGUGCAUAAUCGGCGUGCGCCUGUCGGACGGACAGAAAGAAAGAAAGAGAGAGAAUAAGUUGCAUAAUGAUAUAUAGCUACUGCGUGUGUGCGGUGUAGCCGAGAAACAGAGCGAAUGGAGUCGAUACGGGAAUGCGCAAUUAUUGUAACUAAUUGUUUCGAAAAUAAGAGAAGGAGGAGGAGGAGGCAAAACGAAAACACUAAAAGAUAAUAGAUCGCAUAAUGCUAAUCAGAACCGCGUUAACCUCCAUAUAUAUAUUACGUUUAAUCGAGUGUAAUUUACUAAAGCCUACUUUGAGAGUGCGAGUGCGACACGAUGACAUUGUGUAACUUAAAGCAGCGCAUGAACGUGAGCGAAAGAUUCCGCGUGAUUGGGUCAUGAGAGCUGAUGUUGCGAUCGACGAUGCGAGAUUAUAUUAUA